AUGAAGAAGAUGUUAGUGGAUGAUGGCAUACCGUUUCUUCCCGAAGAAAUCAUUGCAAACAUUCUCAAACGAAUCCCUGUCAAGUCCCUAAUCAGAUUCCAAUGUGUCUGUAAACAGUGGAAAAAUCUCUUAACAACUCCAUCUUUCAUUGCAGACCACCUCCACCAUCCCUGUCAUGAUGAUACCCCUUCUAUUCUCUUACAAUCGAAUCACAGAGUUGAUCCUUUGAAGCUAUGUUUUGUCGAUGACAAGAAGCGGGUCCGUGAACUUCAGAACCCACCUUUGAUCGAUUCGCUGCGAGGUGCUAACGUAAUCGGCUCUAGUAAUAGCUUGCUUUGUGUUGAAUUCGAUGAAUUUGAUUCAUGGACGGAAAUAGAAUUUGAGAACUUGAAAGGCACAAGACUUCUUCAUGGAACUGUCACGGUUAAUGGUACUAUGUUUUGGCAUGGGUCAGAAAAUUUGAUAGUGUCAUUUGACAUAGCGAAAGAAGAGUUUAGAUUGAUACCAAUGCCUUGGAUAUUCCCUGAAGCACUUACUGUGCUCACAGUUUAUGAGAACAAACUUGCUAUGUUUUAUAACAAUGCCACUCUAAUGCGGACGAAGAAGAACGGUGCCUCUAUAUUGUGGGUGAUGAAGGAGGGCACAGGUGCAUCUGAGGAGAGAUGGAGUUGA